AUGCCUUCUUCGAAGAAGUCAGCCGCCAGUGAAAAGAGAAACAGGGUCAGCGCCUGGAUCUCCUCCUUCCUCAUGACGCCGCUCACCGUCAGCGGCAACAGCGCCGUCAGCGGCAACAGCGCCGUCAACGGCAACAGUGCCGUCAGCAGCAAUAGCGUUUCCAGCGGCAACAGUGCCGUCAGCGGCAACAGUGCCGUCAGCAGCAACAGCGGCAACAGCGCCGUCAACGGCAACAGUGCCGUCAGCAGCAAUAGCGGCAACAGCGCCGUCAACGGCAACAGUGCCGUCAGCAGCAAUAGCGGCAACAGCGCCGUCAACGGCAACAGUGCCGUCAGCAGCAAUAGCGUUUCCAGCGGCAACAGUGCCGUCAGCGGCAACAGUGCCGUCAGCAGCAACAGCGGCAACAGCGCCGUCAACGGCAACAGUGCCGUCAGCAGCAAUAGCGGCAACAGCGCCGUCAACGGCAACAGUGCCGUCAGCAGCAAUAGCGUUUCCAGCGGCAACAGUGCCGUCAGCGGCAACAGUGCCGUCAACGGCAACAGCGGCAAAAGCGGCAGCAGUGACAACAGCGCCGUCAGCGCGAAAUAG